AGGCGGUGGUGUUUUUGACAGCACGCCGACGUAGCUCUGUCACUACUGUUUGACUGAAUGUGUAUACAGGAUGAAGGCAGUGAAAGUGUAACUCGAACAGGCAGCAGAAAUAAAUGCGAAGGACCUAACUUGCUAUUUGGGCGUUUAAGGAUCAUCAGUAGGAAGUUGAAGUAGCUGAAGCCAUUUGCUGCCACAAGCUAACACCUCAUCAAGCUAGCAAGUAGGUAAGGUUAGCUGGGGUAGCUAAUGUUAGCUGGCAAGUCUAUUUUUAGUGGAGCUGCGUGUCAUCACUUCGGAAAUCGCUAGGUAAUUCACGUUGGCAACUUCAUUAAUCUGAGAAGUAUUUUUGUAUCCUAUGAUCUCACGUCGCUAGUUGUUUAUGCCAAAAUGUCCACGACUUCGCUGGAUAAAGAACUACAGGAGCGGCUGAGAGAGGCGUCUGCCAUCGGAGAUAUCGAUGAAGUGCAAUCAUUAGUGGAGAGUGGGGUAAAUGUUAAUUCACAGAACGAAAUUAAUGGAUGGACAUGUCUGCACUGGGCUUGCAAGAGAAACCAUAAGCACGUAGUGUCCUAUUUGCUCAGUUGUGGAGCAGACAAAGAAAUCCUCACGGCUAAGGAUGAGUUGGCCUCACAACUGACAUCCAAAGCAGAGAUUAAACGACUGCUAGGAGUUGAGGUGGACGAAGUGCCUGAAGUCAAGGAGCCUGAGUUGCCGAUCAUCCCAAAUUACCUGUCCAAUCCACCCUUCAUGUAUUCCAAGAUGGACAAGUCAGAAAUCAUCCAUGCACAGCACCUUACACAAAACGGCUCUGGAGACUACACUGAAGACACAAAGAGCGACUCAGCAUCCCCAUCCCCAACAGAUGAGCUUCAGAAAUCACAGAGCCUGGUUUCUGAUGGCUCCACUCCUCCCACAAAUCCCACCAUUAACCACAGUCAAGCCCAAGCUGGUGAAUUCAUCCCUAUGUCAGAGCAAAAUGGUGUGUCACCCAGCACAGCCUCAUCCCACAAUCACACCGUUGUUAACUGCUCGGUGCCUAUGGACCUGUCAGUUGAGCCUCACCUGGUCAACCAUGCUGACUAUCCUCACACUGUGGCACACAAUGGCACCAUGUGUUCAUCUCCACUGGCUUCACCAUGCUCCAAUUUGGCUAGCAACAGUGGCAGCCAGGUUCAAGCCCCAUUGGCCAAUUCUAACCCAACCAUAAGCAGGCAGCAGUCUAUUCCACAGCAACUGGGCUACAGUCAGGCUAAUGGGCUCAUGCCGGCCUUCCAGCCUUUCUUCUUCACUAGUACCUUCCCUGUCAAUGUACAAGAGUUGGUUCUUAAGGUUCGUAUCCAGAACCCCACUGCACGAGAGAAUGAUUUUAUUGAAGUAGAGCUGGAUCGCCAGGAGCUGACAUAUCGUUCCCUUCUGAGAGUCUGUUGCCGUGAGUUGGACAUCAGCGCUGAGCAUGUGGAGAAGAUCAGGAAGCUGCCAAACACCAUGUUAAGAAAGGACAAGGAUGUGGCUCGGCUGCAGGACUUCCAAGAGCUGGAGGUUGUUUUGGAGAAAGCAGAAGGCCUGUCCCUCUUCUCUGGGGGUCUAACAGACAGACCCUGCUACAACAUGAAGGCCUCUCGCCUCACCUAUUAAAGCUACUGUGAACCCUGAGGUCUCUGUGAUUAUAACAGGCUUCUUUAGCUAACCUUAAGCAACCUCAGCUAGUUGCCUGGCCAGGUUCCUUGUUAAAGCUUUGUUCAGCUUUGGUGUUUUACCAAUAUCCUAGUUGGGAUUUGUUUUUUGCAACUGUAGCUAUUGUCCCUUCUCCUGUCCUCCUGGCCUUGCUGCCGCUUUAGUGUACCCAACCAGUUCCCAGCGAUUACUGAUGCAUGGUAUCCUCGAUUAUGUGUGAAAGUAUUUGGCCCCCUUCUCUCCUGUCUUUAUCACCCAUUCCUCCCACUGCACUUUGUGCCAAGGCUCCAGUGGGUCGACAGAGAGGGAUGUUGGCGUGUCUUCCUAAUGGGCUGGACUCAAAUGGGAUUCUUCAGUCUCCUUAUAUGGACACAUUUUUAUUCUGGCUGUGGACUCUGGUCAAAGAGGACAAUAGUCUGAGAGGACAGAGAGCAGAGGACGUCAGGGGUGUAUUUACAUAACUCUAACUGAUGAGCUCUUCAACGCAGGACGAGUUGCAGCACAGUGAACUCACACAGCAGGAUUUCUAACACGUUGACCUACAGAGUGCUAUCAGAUACUCUUGCUUGUGUACACACUUUUCUACAUGCUGUUGGCAUAAACCUUAGUGUCUUUUCUUGCAGGGUUUCUGUUGUUAACCUAAUUCCUAAGGUGGAUCUCAAUCUCAAAGUGAGAUAUAAGUAUCUUUGGACUCCAAGUACUUGUAUCAGCUGAUCACAUACAGUACACUUUAAUCUAAAACCCCACACAGCCGAGGUGAAAUACUCAUUUCCCUGCAUUAUAAAUCAUUCAGUUGUACACUGUGGUAAGGGAAUAGCUAGUUAUGUUUUAAAGAUCUGUGCUUUUUAUGUUAUAUAUAUUAUAACUUUUUUUACAUGAGGCAAAAACCUCAUUGUGAGAGUAACUUGAAGCAGAACUUUUUUUUUUCCCCCUCUCAUUCUAUAAUUCAUCAUCACCUCUGCUCUGCAGAGUGUUGCUAGUUGAGUCUGGUGUGAAGUAUUCAUGUUUUGUUUUUGAGUCAUGUUGAUUCUUAUACAGUGAGACCAUACACUCCAUUUCCUAUGACCAUUUAAAUCAAGCGUUUUUGUUACACUUUUUUGUUGUCGCUGUCUUUUUCAUUUUGACUUUAAUUAGAGUUAAAACCAAAAAAACUAAUCUAGCCAGCAAAGACACUAACUUUAGAACAAAACUUUUACUGUAUGAGAAACAAAUACAGUUUUGUAUGUUUUUAUUUUUUUUCCCUCCAGAAUAAAGAGAAAGAAACGAGAUGGGAAAACACACAUUAAUCGUUUUUUGAUUGAGUGCUUCCUUGUUCAUCAUUUAUGGAAAUAUAGAAAUCUUUGUUUCUAUUUUGCAGGGUCGUGCCAGGCUUUGUUUCAUUCUAAUUGUUUAAAGAUCAUUUCUGAAAUGAUAGACAAGUGAUCUUAAAUGCAGACUAAUGACAUUAGUAUUUACACUAAUUGCUAAAUAAAUCUAACUGGUGAAGAGGCACAGCCAUGUUGUGUUAGAUGACAACAUUGUUUAUGCUGCUUUUAUUAAUGUAUCUUGCUGGGACUCAGUUACUUUAAACAGUGCAGUAAGCAGACUUCACUCGGCAUACAAUCUGUGUUUACUGUUCAAAUGUACACCUGAGGCUCUUACUGUAUUUGUAUGUUUUAUAUGUUUUUUUUUAUUUUAUUUUGGUUUUCUUACCAGCUAGGCCUGUUGUGUUUGUGUCAAAACGUCUUUGUGCAAGAGUUCAACGAGGGUGAUGGAAAGUGUUAUAUGCUUUUGUUGAGGUGCAAUGUGAAGGGCAGAGGAAAGCUAAGUUAAAUGCUUUGAGUGAAGUUGUUCAACACAUGUAAGGCAGGAGCUUGAGUGAGGAAAGUUAAAAGCUGUGGCUAAAAAAAAAAAAGCUAACUAAAAUGAAGAUCUGUGCCAUUUUGUGCUCAAGGUGAAUGAGAGCUGCAUGUUUGCAUUUGGUUUCUGUGGGCUCUUUGAUUCUAUGAAAAGAAGACGCCUAUGUUGUGUUUGUGGGUUGCUUAUUGUUCCAGAAAGAGCAGAAUACAGUUUGAAAUAACCUAUGCAUUCAGAGUCUGAUAUUUUUAUACACAGCAGGACAUGUGUACUUGUAAAUGAUCUUAGGCACUGUUACAAUUGUGUUGUUUCUGUUAUGGAGACCUCUACCUGUUCUUUGAUAAAGCAUGGUAAAUGACUUGA